GGAGAAAGGAGGGGGAGAAGGAGCUCAAAUUCAUUUGUGCAUGUGCAGCUGGAGGGACAGCACAUUGCAAUGAAGCAUUGACGCACACAUGGCUACCGCCACGGAUUAUAAACGCUUUAGAGACAGUCAGCGGACACUUUGUCACCCCCGACGGAAAAAUACAUCCGUGCUUAAGUAAAGAUGCGGUGAGAUUUUUUUUUGUUUCAUCAUUUGUGAUACAUGUCAAAGCCGGCUGACUUUGUUAUGUUGACUUGGAUUUUUUUUUUUUUUUUUUUUACAUUUUGCAUCUUUUGACAUAUACUUCAAAUCGGAUUGUACUUGCGGCUGCAAAAGACACAAGCUGGACACGCGUGAGGAAGCUAACCAUGCAAUGACUGCAAAGUGAGAGACAGCCCUGGAUGGAGGAAUGGAAAGCAUCGGCAUGGAAACGGACUGGGAUGCUCUAGCCCUCUCCUCUCUGGUCGUGGCGGGAAGAAACAACCUCUCUGCUCCAUCUUUGCUUGAACUCAACUACCCCAAUGGCUCCCACAGUGGAGGAUCCUUCUUUGGGAUCUUUCCAGACAAUGGCUCUAACACCACUCCUCACCCGCUACCCCAGCCCAGGGUGAGGGAUCAGGCCCUGGCCCAGGCGGAGAUCGCUGUGCUGGGAGUGGUGCUGGCUCUUACCACCCUGGGAAACAGCUUUGUGCUGUGGGUGCUGCUCAGGAGGAGGAAGCACAACGCACCCAUGCACGUGUUCAUGGUCAACUUGUGUGUGGCUGACCUGGUGGUGGCCUUCUUUCAGGUUCUUCCUCAGCUCAUAUGGGACAUCACAGAAAAGUUUCAAGGACCUGACUUCCUGUGCCGUGCCAUCAAGUACUUGCAGAUUGUGGGCAUGUUUGCUUCCUCCUACAUGAUAGUUGCCAUGACAGUGGAUCGCCACCACGCCAUCUGCUGCCCGCUGCAGGCCUACCGUGGCGGGGCGGUGUCCCGCUGCAACACCCCUGUCAUGGUGGCUUGGGGCCUGGCGCUUGUCCUCAGCCUUCCACAGGUGUUCAUCUUCUCUCGCUCAGAAGUGAAUCCUGGGGAGUUUGAGUGCUGGGGUCACUAUGCCGAGACAUGGGGGCUUAAGGCCUACAUCACAUGGAUGACGGUGGCGGUCUUUCUUUUGCCUGCCCUCAUCAUCACCAUCUGUCAGAUAAGAAUCUUCCGGGAGAUCCACAACAACAUCUACCUGAAGUCUGAAAAGAUGGUGACGGCUGAGCUCAAGAGGAAUGAAAUACUCUUCCGCUUCCACAGCUUUAAGAAGGAAGAGGAGCGGGCCAGGGAAAGGGGUCAGCGGGCGUCUGGAGGUGGAGGAAGAUCAGGGCAGCACUUGAAGGCCGUGACCAACAAACCUCACAAUAACUUGUCUAAUGCAAGCCAAGCGGGAGACGCUUACGACUAUGUCACUUCAUCAGCGACAUCACCUAUGGAUACCCACCUGCAACUGAACAGUACUGAUUGCCAGGAGGCAUCCUACGAGGUUGCCUCUGGGUCACCUCGCUGCUCCCUCGAUUAUGUGCCCCCUCAUUCUGGUACGGCACCACCACCAAGCAUCACCAAAGCCAUGUCUAAAACUGUCCGAAUGACGCUUGUCAUCGUGUUGGUCUACACCGUCUGCUGGUCGCCUUUCUUCAUUGUGCAGCUGUGGGCUGCCUGGGACCCCAACCCUCCCGUUCAUGGCGUGGCCUUCACUAUCCUGAUGCUGCUUGCCAGUCUGAACUCGUGCACCAACCCGUGGAUCUAUACGGCUUUCUCCAGCAGCGUUUCCAGAGAGCUACAGAACCUGCUGCAUUGUGGGUCGCGGCCUGGACGACGUGGCUCGCUGCCCGAUGACUCCACCACCACACACACCUCCACCAUUAAGGACAGUCUGUACUGACAGAUAAGAUUCAGGGGACAUACGCGUGCUCUUUGCAAGCGCGCAGCUCCAGAGUACAAAGGUCGCCAGGUGUUCCCGACAACAUGUGACAGGCCGUCAACAGGAAGUACACCUGCGAUGGCGCUGUCCUUGCAAACACUGGAGGAGCGUGUCUCUAAGAGAGUCAGCUCAUAAUGGAAUACGCGGUGACAGUGUAAGCAAGGUGGCCUCUUGAUGGGUAAAUGGAUUUUCACCUCGGCUUUUGAGUGCCACGGGUAUUCCCAGAGGAACGACUUUCACAUGGAAAACAGCAGGAAUGUGAGGCGUUAAAGGCCUGUUGGCACUCCCAGUGGCAACAGCAAGAGACAAAACCAAGGGCGUAGGGAAAACCAGAGGGCGGCAAAGUGCAAGUAAGCAGACAGUAAAGACAGCAAGGUUGCUACUGCUGGACUGAGAACAGUGGUUGUCAUGGAUGUUCCACGGGAUGGACAUCUAAUAAUGUGAACAAACUUGGUUGGAUCAAAGAAAGUGAACUAACAAUGGUUGAAUUGAUAUUCACUCAGGAUAAAUCUACUCUCUUAGACCAAUAGUUAACUGUGAGCGAGCUGGUCAGAGACUCAAUGAAGAAUGCAGCCCAGUGAAAAGACACUCGCGGGUUAGGCCUGCAAAGGAGGAACAUUGUUCUACGCAAAUGACAAUAAUGUUGGGGUUUUUUUUUACACACAAAACAGCAUAUUAAGUGCACCUUCCUGUCCUUCAAGGCUCUAAGCAUGCAACAAAGCAGUAUGCUGGAGGAGCAAGAAGCAUUCCAUGUAGAAAAUGAACAAGUUAAAAAUAUUUAUUGAAAAUGUAUCCCGCACAUAAGACAUGACUGUGUGUCCAAGAGAAACGUUACUGUAUAUGAGACAUACUGCUGCCAGACAUUUGUUGUACAUAAGCAGUCCAACCAAAGAUGUUUGGAUUUUUUUCUCCAAAUUUCAGUUAUUUGAGCUUCACCAGAUAAGACAUUACAAGUGUAUCAAAAGCAGAAAGAAAUAACAUAAUCUUGGUCAUUAAAGCAGUCCCAUUACCAAGCAAGUGCCUGUGAUGUCCGCAGACAUUUUUAGAACGGCCUCUCUCUCCGUUUAAUCUCACGCUGAUGUCAGCCAUGUUAUUCUAGACGGCACUAUCAGCAGAGGGAGGGUCUUAUGUUAAAUCCCACCAGCACACAUUCAUUAUCCUAAUUGUGAUAUUCUACAGAUGAUUCCCCAAUCUGUCCACUUUUUUUGUAUCACAGUUUUAAAUUAUUGCUUUAUGGCUGUCAGCUGCAUGACACACGUCAAGUACACACAUUGUAGUGGUGGUUUUAGAUUUAGAUUUAUAUAAACUUCUGAACAUUCCGCACAUGUGAGUGUAUAUAAAGUCUGGUCCUACCUAAGGGUACACUCACAACAUUAGGUAGACUUGCACAAACCAACAAUCCUCAAACAAAAGCAUGAUAAAAACGUCUGCUCUUCUGAAUACUGUAACCAGUACCGCUCACAGCAGAGCGAAGACAUUUAACAAGGUUAAACUGCUGACAACUAGUGAUGUGAAUUUUUCAAAAACUCAUAAUUAGAUUACGAUUCUUGGGUUAACAAUUUGAUCCAGAACAGAUUCU